AUGCUAGCGGCGGUGGCAGUGCGGCUAUACGAUGACGACUGGGAUGUGCGAAGAGCCGCGGUCGAGGCGCUAGGUGAACGAUCGGCGCUAUCUGACGAGAUUCUAGCUUUGGUAGCAGGGCAGCUUGGCGAUGAGAACACAACUGUAAGAUGGGCCGCUGUUAAGGCCCUAGGUGAACGGUCAGCGCUGCCUAACGAGGCUCUAGCGGCGGUAGCGGGGCGGCUUGACGACAAGAGCUCGACCGUGAGAGGGGCCGCUGUCAAGGUACUGGGUGGAAGGUCGGCGCUGCCCGAUGCGAUAUUAGCAGCGGUGGCGAAGCGGCUGAACGACGAGGACUCAGAUGUGCGAAGCGCCGCUAUUGGUGUUUUAACGAACAAGCUGAAAGACGUUAAGGACUGGAUAAAUCGAGCGCAGCCAGCAGACUGUCCAUCAAAUGUUGAUGGAUUCGGUCUUGGAGAAGGACAAGUUAUAUAUAGAGCUGAAAUCGCUGCGCUCCGUGGCACUGCCCUAGUCGACGAAAAGCCUCUUAUCACAACUCCCUAUAAAGCCUUACUUAAACGAAAUUUCAAAGAACAAACAAACGUCACUCCACCCUCGUCGCCUUACGAGAAUAUCCGCUACUAUGAGACGCUUAAUACCUAG